AUGUCAAGCGCCGAGGGACCUCGCGAUGAUCGACCUCGCAUCAGAAUACUAGUAGAGGGGAGCGCUCUAGCUUCCAAUAAUAGCACAAAUAAGAAUUGGGGUAAACCAAGUAUUAACGAAGUAUUAUUAUUUAUAGCUUUAGCUACCCAGUCAGUAGCAGAUGAAGUUCAACUUUUAAGUGACAGGAAGACUAUUUUGGAGCACAAGCUGCGCUAUUCACAUUCUCAAUAUCAAUCUUUAGCGGAUAAAUAUGCACCCUCAGACCCUGAAAUAGCCAGUACUUUAGCAAAGCUUCAACUUCCUCCAGAUUCACAAAUCACUAUUCCUGAUCGCGGGGGAUUUGUUCCUUUGCCACUUCGUAAACAACCAACUUCAAAGCAACAAACUGCAGUUGCAAUAAGGGACGGGAGAAGGGCAGCGCAGCGUCUUGCGGCUGUAUCUGGAAAGUCUGCCGGAUCUACAACUAGUAAAAGUAUAUCCGGUGGAAGUAGUAAUAUGAGAUUAUCCGCACGCCGAACCUCCUUAUCAACUGUUCUCGAACAAGAUUUUACUGUGCCUGGAAAGAAGAGUUCAUUGUUGUGUCCAUUUGUAACUAUGCCUGACGGAACGAAACCCAUGAAGAACCCAAAUGCUCAGGAUACCAGCACUGGUGAAUCCGAUCAACCUUUGACUCCCGUCGAUACCCAAGACCCCACCCCCCACCACUCCUCAGAUCCUAUAUGUGCGCAAAUGUACGCCGAGACAAUGUCAUCUCAGCCCCCGUCAGCAACAGGCCCUGGAGCUCAAUGUCCAAUUCGUUAUCUUAAUCAACAUUCACCUGAAGAGAUAGCACGAUACUUUGAAACACACAAACACGAAGUACCCCGCAGUCAUGAGGUUUGCGUCAAGCGAUACCAGCGAAACGAGGAUGAUGUGAGGAUGAUAGAUGCGAAAUAUGGAAACCUAGUGAGCAUGAUUCAAGGCCUCGGCCAAAAGCAUCAGCCAAUGUUACCCACAAAGGAAGAGCAAGAAGCGUGCGAGGUCGAGCGUGCGUCCAACGAAAGAGUGGAAAACUGGGCAAAUAACGUCAGCGUUGACGGGGAUGAAUCAUUGCAGGAAACUAAAUCUACUCCUGCAGACGACAGAGAGAGUCGUUUUGACAGGCCAAUGAAAGAGGUCAGGGUUGGCGAAUCUCCAAGCCGACCAUGGGGCAUUUCUGUUCCAAUCUAUGAUCAACCGUCCGACCAUAGACCUGUAUCUCCACCACCAGCGCCUGUAUCUGUUCCCUUGGACAGCUAUUCAAAGCCUCCAGGAAAGUGUCCAUUUGGACAUACUGCGGAAUCGAAUGCGGAACCAAAAUCAACACGAGAAGUGCCUACCACUCCAGCUGAAGCAGACAGGCCAGCAGCUUGUCCUUUUGGCCAAGGUCAAAAGGCUAAGGACGAAACCCCCUCCACGCACUACAACGCACCGCCUGUAUUUCACGACCGGCCGGCCUUCAUCCAACCCGAGCAACUUCAAAGGCAUGGUAAUGGACCUAAGAUGGUUUUUACAGGGCCGGUAUUCAUAGGAUAUCCGAUUGAGCAAGCAAUGGCGUUUAUGAGGCAGUAUCAGGCACAGAAUACAGAAUGA